AUGUCUGCCGCUCCUGCUUCUCCCACUCCUGCCGCUGCCCCCGCCGCCGCCGCCACCCCUGCCUCUGCGGCGGCGGCCGCUACGCCGGCUGCUGCGGUUGACUCGACCAUCGAGGAGGGCCACCGCGUCUACAUCGGCAACCUUGCCUUCUCGGCCACUGAGGAGCAGAUCCGCGAGCACCUUGCCAAGGCUGGCGGCGAGAUCAUUUCGGUCAUUCUUCCCACCCGCUACAAGAGCCGUCCCGCCGGCUACGCCUUCGUCACGUUCAAGAACGAGGCCGACGCCACCAAGGCUGUCGAGACCCUCAACGAGACGGAGAUUGGCGGUCGCCAGGUUCACCUCCAGCUUGCGCGCUCCAAGGAGGAGAACGCGGACCGUCGCACCGAACUCCUCGAGAAGCGCAAGGAGGAGAAGGCUGCGAAGGCGGCCAAGGCCAAGGAGGCCAAGGAGAAGAAGGAGGCGGCCGAUGCGGCUGACGCUGCCGCUGUCAGCAGCGAGAAGUCUGCCGACAAGGCCGACAAGCCCAAGAAGAAGAAGAAGACUGCCUCGAAGUCUCGCCGCCGUCGCCCUGAGGACGGUGACGAGACCGCUGUUGACGACGAGGCCGAGGCCGAGGCCGCACCGAAGACCGCCAAGCCCAAGAAGGUCAAGGAGCCCAAGGUCAAGGCCGAGAACGGGGAGCCCGCGAAGAAGCAGCCCAAGGAGCGCAUGCCUCGUCUUGCUCUCACCGGCGAGAACACCGUCUUUGUGGCCAACCUUCCGUUCACCAUCGACGACGAGGGCCUGAGCGCCAUCUUCACCAACCUCUCGAUCAAGGUCAAGUCGGCGCAUGUCAUCAAGGGCAUCCGCAAACUCCCCGGUCACCGCGCGUUCCGCGGCUCCAAGGGCUUUGGUUUCGUCGUGCUCGAGGACGAGACCCAGCAGGUCCCCGCCGUCGAGAAGAUCAACGGCCUGGAGGUCCAGGACCGCAAGAUUACUGCCAAGGUCGCGCAGGAGAUGAAGCCCAUCGAGGAGCUGGAGGCCAAGGCCGGCGCGAAGGCGGACGCCAAGGUCGACUCCAAGCCUGACGUCAAGGCCGAUGCCGAGGACGUCAAGGACGUCAAGGUUGAGGCGACUGCAUAA